AUGCCUCCGGACGGCGACGCGGAGCUGGCGGCGGACGAGCUGCAGAGCCUCAGCUUCGGCUCCUCCGAGCGCUCCCGCUCCGCCUCCACCGUCUCCACCGCCACGGCCUCCUGCUCCACCUCCUCCUCCUCGGGGCCAAUCGCCGGCGUCCCCGCGCCGCGCUCCUGCAACCCCUCCGCCCUCGCCCCGCGCCUCGGCACGGUGCAGCUGUCGGACAUCCGCUUCGUGCGGAGGCUCGGGGCCGGGGACAUCGGCAGCGUCUACCUGGCCGAGGUGAAGGGCAAGGGCGGGGCGCUGGUGGCGGCCAAGGUGAUGGACCGGAAGGAGCUCCAGGGCCGCAACAAGGAGGGCCGCGCGCGCACCGAGCGCGAGAUCCUCGAGGCCGUCGACCACCCCUUCCUCCCGCGCCUCUACGGGGUCGCCGAGGGCGAGCGCUGGUCCUGCCUCCUCACCGAGUUCUGCCCCGGCGGCGAUCUCCACGUCCUCCGCCAGAGGCAGCCGCACCGCCGAUUCUCCGAGGCCGCCGUCAGGUUCUACGUGGCGGAGGUGGUGGCUGCGCUGGAGUACAUUCACAUGCUGGACAUCGUGUACCGGGACCUCAAGCCGGAGAACGUGCUGGUCCGCGCCGACGGCCAUAUCAUGCUCACCGACUUCGACCUCUCCCUCAAGUGCGACCCGACGGCCCCGACUCCGGCGCACGUCAUCUCCGACCCCGUCGGCCUCACCGGCCGCCCCUCCGCGUCGUCCACCUGUAUCAUCCCUUCCUGCAUCGUACCGUCGGUGUCCUGCUUCAGCCUCUUCCCCGGCCGCGGCCGCCGGCGCCGGCGCCGCAAGAAGGCCUCGGGCGGCGGUGGCGGGGGCCUGAACGGCAGCAGCGACGGCAGCCUCCCCACCGGCGUGCUGGACCUGGAGUUCGUGGCGGAGCCGGUGGAGCUCCGGUCCAUGUCGUUCGUGGGCACGCACGAGUACCUGGCCCCGGAGAUCGUGUCGGGCGAGGGCCACGGCAGCUCGGUGGACUGGUGGACGCUGGGCAUCUUCAUCUUCGAGCUCCUCUACGGGGUGACUCCCUUCAAGGGGUACGACAACGAGAUGACCCUGGCCAACAUCGUGGCCCGCGCGCUCGAGUUCCCCAAGGACCCCUCCGUCUCCUCCGCCGCCAGGGACCUCGUCACCGCGCUGCUCGCCAAGGACCCGGCGCGCAGGCUCGGCGCCACCGUCGGCGCCGCGGCCAUCAAGCGCCACCCAUUCUUCAACGGCGUCAACUGGGCGCUGCUCCGCUGCGCCACGCCGCCCUACGUGCCCCCGCCUUUCAGCGCCGCGGUCGCCACGGCCGCUGGCUCCGGCGGCCCCGGGAAGAAGAACAGCCCCAACGACGACGACGACGACAUGUCGGACGACAGCUGCCCCGGCACGCCCGUGGAGUACUACUAG